UUCCACAACUAUUCCAUAAAUCUGUAUGAAGUAAGAUACAACUGCAUUAAAAACUCCAAUUCAACAUUUUCAGAAGACUUGAAGAAAUUAGAUUUGUAAGCUACAACAAACUUUAACCCUGCAUAGUCAAGAUAUAGCUCACCUGAAAAAAACUUCAUGAGUUUCACAAGAAAACUUGCGUCGAAAAAUCGAUGCUUAAACAAGUAAAACUGGCUUACUAACUUCAGAAACCUAGAAAAAGUAGACAAACAGCCAAAGUUGGUGAGUUUGCUCAUCUUCUUUUUAUUAUUCUAUCUAUUCAACUCUCUUAGACUGCAUUCUUCUGCUUGAUUACUCUACUACCUUCUUCCUUAAACAAUUUUCUCUCUUUCUUCUCCCAUCCAUGGAGCUCCCAGUUAAGGCCCCGGAUUCAGGAGGCCGGAGGACAACAUCGUACAGAAUUGAGACUGAAAGCCUUUCAUACAAACUCCACAGCUCCUCAAAUUAUAACUUCGGCUGGUUUUCUAAUAAUAAAGAUAAGGAAACAUCGUCGAGACUCAUUUUGCAGGAUGUAAAUUUUGAAGCGAAUCCAGGGGAGGUCGCAGCAAUAGCGGGGCCAAGUGGUGCAGGGAAAACUACACUGCUAGAAAUCCUUGCAGCAAAAAUCCCACCAAGCAAGGUACAUGCAGGAAAAGUACUUAUCAACAGCUGCCCUUUAGAGCCUAAAUCCUUUCGCAGGUUAUCAGGGCAUGUUACACAAGAAGAUGCAUUAUUUCCGCUUCUUACUGUUGAGGAAACACUCAUAUAUAGUGCCCUUCUAAGGUUACCAGGAGAAAGAAAAGGAGCUUCUCAGAGGGUAAAAAAGUUGAUGAGCGAGCUAGGGCUGGAUCAAGUAGCGCAAUCAAGGAUUUGUGGUGGUCCAGAUCAUGGGAUUUCUGGAGGGGAGAAACGCAGGGUAUCUAUAGGAGUUGAGCUAGUUCAUGACCCUUCUGUUUUGCUUAUAGAUGAGCCAACUUCAGGUUUGGAUUCAGUCUCAGCCCUAAAUAUCAUGUCGAUGCUUAAAACUUUGGCAAUCAGACAAGGGAAGACAAUAGUAAUAACCAUUCACCAGCCUGGUUCUCGAAUCCUAGAGUUGCUUGAUCGAGUUGUUCUGCUGUCAGAUGGAAUCCUUGUGCACAACGGUCCACUAAGCCUUCUUGACAGGAAGCUUCGAGCAGUGGGUCAUCACAUCCCUCCACAUGUCAAUGCACUUGAGUUCUCCAUUGAUGUUUUGAGCACCUUGGCUGUGGGGAUACAAUCCUCAACUGAAAUGAGAAGAGCCAGAGAAGUUGAUGAGAGGCCAGAGGCAAGAAGUCUGAAUCCUAUGUCCUGCACAGGGAAGAAUACAUCUUACCCAAAUUCACAAAGUCGAGAAGUUCAAAUUCUUGGGGAAAGGUUUUGCAAGAACAUAUUCAGAACAAAGCAACUUUUUGCAGGAAGAAUAAUACAAGCCAUUGCAGCUAGUAUUGUACUUGGAACACUAUACUUGAAGAAGGAAGAUAGCGAAGGGGACCUAGAGUUACAAACCCGACUAGGGCUUUUCGCAUUUACCCUUACUUUCUUGCUUUCUUCUACAACUGAAGGCUUGCCAAUAUUCUUGCAAGAGAGGAGAAUUCUAAUGAGAGAAACAUCCAGAGGGGCCUACAGAGUUUUUUCCUAUGUUUUAGCAAAUACCCUUGUUUUUCUUCCCUUUCUGCUCACAGUUAGUCUACUCUAUGCUACACCAGUGUAUUGGCUAGCUGGUCUACGAGGAGAUUUUGGCGCUUUUUUGUACUUCUCUCUUGUGGUAUGGAUGGUGGUGCUGAUGUCAAACUCGUUCGUUGCUUGUUUCAGUGCGCUUGUCCCAAACUUCAUCAUGGGAACAUCAGUUAUAGCAGGACUGAUGGGGUCGUUUUUUCUCUUCUCUGGAUACUUUAUUGACAAAGAUAGGAUACCCAAGUAUUGGACAUUCAUGCAUUAUCUGAGCCUGUUCAAGUAUCCAUUUGAGUGUUUCCUGAUCAACGAAUAUGGAGGUGAGCGAGGGAAGACAAGAUGCCUACAGAAAGAUUUGAGCGGAUGUAGCUUGUACGGAGACGGGUUCUUAAGACAGCAAGGUCUGCAAGAAUCACAGAGGUGGACUUAUCUGGCUGUAAUGUUGGGUUUCAUAUUUGGCUACAGAAUACUAUCUUUUCUGAUUCUAUGGUACAGAUGCAACAGGGGUAGAGAUUAGAAACUAGUACAUGAAUAUAAAAGUAAGCAAAAAUUUAUUUUUCAUAGGUUAACUGCUGCUAUUUCUUAUUAUUGUUUAUCUCAAUCUUUUUCUUUUCUCACAUUCCUUACAAAAUCAUGUUCUUUUCGAAAGGAUGAGCAAUAAAAUUACCUAACAAUCAAUUCCA